ACUGUCAAAAAUGUUGAGAAAUUGUCAAAUUCUAAUCGAAUCCAUGGACGUGAAGAAUAUUUACAUUUAAUCAUAGAAAAUACUAAUGGAAUGUUAAUCUUGAAAUAAAAAGUUAACAAUGCUUUACGCAUAACAUAAAUAAGGAAAUAUUUAAUCAUUAUACGUAGUGUGAAGUGUUAAAAAGUGAAAUAAUGGCGAUACAAUAUUUGAUGUCGUUCCUGUUGUUGCUGACGCCGAAUAUCUUGGUGAUUCUGCUGUGCGCGUCGGUCCACAGCCACAGCAUCGACACCAACGAGCGGGAGAUGGACGGCGCGUACCGGCCGCGAGACUACGAGCAUUACAACGACGCUGGGCACAACGUGGAGUUUGAUCACGAAGCUAUUCUAGGUAGCGUAAAAGAAGCUGAGGAGUAUGACCGACUCAGUCCAGAGGAAUCGCGGCGGCGGCUGGGGCUGCUGCUGCCCAAGAUGGAUCUCAAUGGAGACAAGGUGAUUGACCGAGUGGAGCUGAAAAAGUGGAUCCUGAACUCUUUUAUAAACCUGUCGAAGGAAGAAGCGGAGGAGCGCAUGUCAGAAGCUGAUGACAACCGCGACGGCAUAGUCACGUGGCCGGAGUACCUGCGAGACACGUUCGGAGUCGACGCCGAGUCGGAGAUAGGCCCCGAGGACACGGGUGACACUGGCAUGAUAAUGCGUGAAGAAAAAGCGAUGUGGCAGGCGGCGGACAAAAAUGAGGAUGGGGACCUCAAUUUUGAAGAAUUUUCGGUGUUCACGAACCCCGAGGAGCACCCAGUGAUGCACCCGUUCCUCGUGAACCAGACCAUGCGGGAGAAGGACACCAACAACGACGGCGUGCUGGACUUCCACGAGUACAUCGGGGACAGAGGCGCGCAACAGGACAAGGAGUGGGUGAUAUCGGAGAGGGACAAGUUUGAGCACGAGCUGGACAUCAACAGGGACGGCGUGUUGAACGCCGUGGAGGUGCAGCGAUGGGUCAUACCCGACAAUAGUGAAAUAGCGGAAGAGGAAGUGGAUCACCUCUUCGCGUCAGCGGACGACGACCACGACGACUUUCUGUCGUACGACGAGGUGUUACGACAUCACGACGUUUUCGUGGGCAGCGAGGCCACCGACUACGGACACGACAUCGACCGGUUUGACGACGAGUUGUGAGACUUGUCGCGCAACACUGGCCUAUCCAUCAGUGUGGUGACGACUGGUGGAGAUGCGCCUGAUCUUGAAAACAUGUGCCAUCAAGACUUUACAAUGGACCUUGAGAUGUAUCUCAUCCUGAAAUUCGACAAAAAUCUGUCUGAGUUCAACCAACAGUUUUCUAUUUAUAACCUACUUCCUAAGUAACUGUAAUAAUUACAGAUUGUUGGGUAUUUAUGCUGCCACGCAAUCGGUUCGUUAGUCAAUCUCUUACUUCUCGCAUUGUAGGAAAGUAUAGUAACCGUUGCAACCACAACCUCUUCACUGUCGACUGUUACUAUUUUUACCUCAUCAUGAUCUUCAACCCAUCGCUGGCUCACUACUGAGAACGAUGCUCCUAGAGAAUGGUUUGAGUUUGACCAUAGUCUAACCACGCUAACCAAGUGCGGACUGGUAGACUUGACAAACCUUUGAGAAUGUUUUGAGUUAUGGAGAACUCUCAGGCAUGCAGGCUUCCUCACUCAGGUUCUGUCUGUGUAAGCCCGACUAUUUUUCCGGCCGGAGUCCAAUUUGUGAACUCGUUCUUUGUUUUAGAUCAUAAUUUUAUUUUCUAGGCAAGCCCGCUCCAACAAAAAAAUAUUUAUUUAAUUUUAAGUUCUGAUUUACUUAAUUAAUAGAGGCUUCCAUUUCAUACUUUUUGUGGUUUUUUAAUAAAUAAAAUAAUUUAUAAUUAUUUCUUUAAAUUGUUACACCUGAACCAAAAGCUUGUUAAUGUAAUAUAGUCAUCAAAUUAUUAUGAAAAUGUUAUAUCGAAUAUUAUAAAACUUAGGGCUAAUUCGCACGAGAGCUUUUUUAACGUCCGUUAAAAGGCGUUCAAAUAGAACAAAUGCUUUCCCAAGUAUCUGUUCACACGUCGACGCUUUUUUAACGCUCGUGCGAAUUACGGCUUAUAGUAAAAUUGUGACUAGAUUUUUCUAAUGUCCAGUUGUAUGACAGGCGGUUGAAGUUAUAUUACGGUUAUCGUUAAAAAGCAAAGUAGGAUGCACAAGUCAGUAUUCAUAACUCCGUUCAACGUUAACCAACUUUGACUUGCGAAUCCCAUUUUUGCUUUUAGUAACUUUAAUCGCCUAUCAUGUAAGUGAGCCUAAGUAAACUAAAAAUACUUAUUUUACUUUUAAAGUUGUAUUGUUUUCUGUAGUGCACGUCUUACUUAAUACUAUUGAAAGUAUAUAAUUUUGCAAGAUGUUGAGUUAAAAAUUAUCUAUUUUACCACAAAAAAAAGUUAAAAAAAGUUUACUGAUGCCUAAAUUUACGUUUUGAAUUUUUAUAUGGGAAAUCUGUCAGGCUUAAAAUAUCUGUGCAACGCUUUUUUUUUUUUGUGGUAAGACCUGAAUAUUUUUGCCAUAGUUUGUGCCAAUCUUGUGUGAUUGAUGCUGGAGUAGAUUAUAACAAAAUAAUUAAAUGCACAAAAAAUUAUAAUUAUUUACUAUAACUUGAGAAAAGUUAUUUACUAUAACUUGAGGUUAAUUUUAAAUACUGAUCUGACCUUACGUUUUUAUAAUAGUAGAAUAAUUCAGCAGUUUAUGAGAGCAGCAACUUAAAUAUUUAUCUUGUAAUUUGAUAUCGCAAUCAAUUCUAGGUUUUUAUAGAUAAAUUAAGAAGUUUUAAAAUACUACCUCUAAAAUGUACACAUACGUUGUUUCAUAACAUACAAUAAUACCUAUUAUAACAAUAAACUUAAAAUUGUGUACUUUGAAAUGUUAUAUAAAAACAAACAGCAUUGGAUUUUCCUAGUCAAAUAAAUGUAUUUGUACAGCA